GCAGUGUUAAUGCCAUCAGUUUCUGUAGUUGUCGCAAAAGUACGGCAGAAUGACAUGUUAUUGUUAGCCAAAUGCCAAGCAAUUUUUCUUAAAUUUGGUAAAAAAAAUUUACAGAUCAAAAUUCCUCUAAAAACUUUCUAUGCAUUGAUAAAGUGUAAGUUCCCUGCAAGAAAUGGAGGGCUGUUCAAGAAAGCCGACCUUGCAGAGACGCAAAAAAAAUAAGCUUAAGUUGGCUUCUGCUUCUGUUCAACAGCUGCUGCAACAUGGAUCUGAAUCAGAUGGAUCUGCUGAUAGCAAUAGCGUUUCAGGAGACUCGCAGCAUAUAUCAAGAUCCUAUGACCAGCAUCAACCAGUCACAAAGAAAGGAGAAUGGGAAAUUCUUUCUGGCCUUAAGCAAGGUCAGAGGUUUGAGUUCACACCUGGGAAGUUUGAAGGCUUUCUCCACAAGAGACGCAAGUGGCCUCUCAAAGGAUGGCAUAAGAGGUAUUUUGUACUGGAGCAGAGCAUCCUAACCUACGCUAAGAAUGCAGCAGAUCUGGCCAGAGGCAAGAAGCAUGGCUCCAUGGACAUUGGUUUUUCUGUUAUCAGCACCAAGGCAUCCCGACGAAGAAUAGAUAUUGAUGCUGAUGCCAAUAUCCUCCAUAUAAGAUGUGAGUCGCAGGAAAACUACUUGCAAUGGGUGGAACAGCUGAAGCAGCACAGACUACGUAAGCAGCACCAGAUGCUCUACAGCGAGCAUCCUUCCCCCGGCUCUGGCGUUCCUGCUCUUCUGUCCCCAGCCUCCCCUUCUGAUGACUCCCCUACUGAGCCAGUGGGGGGUAUUCCAUGCCUGGGACCAAACUCCGCUGCCCUUCCUGGGUCAUUAACGGGCACCCUUGUCAGAAGUGAAGUUGGGGGUGGGACGCUGAGACCUUGGCUGCUGGAUGGAUCGUCUUUGGCGAGCUUGAGCUCUUAUUUCGCUGCUGCUGACAGAACCUUAAAUCAGCUCUGCAGCCUCCAUCAGAACCUCACCCUGCACCAUAACCAGCAGCCUGAGCCUGUUACUCCGUCCUCUACGAAAACACGCCGCAAAUUCCGUUUGCGCAAAAAGCAAAGCCAAAAGUCGGCGAGCAACAGCCUGAGUCAGGACCUCGCGCCGGCGGCAGGAGGGCAGGUCCCUCUCGUCCCCUCGCCCCUGACGGCCCCUGAGGCUUCCAUGAGGGGCUUGCAUUCCGCUCCUCCUCCCCUCCUGCACCAGCUGUCGCAGCCUGGGGACAGGUCGUCGACGCGCUCCGAGGACAUCACGCAGCAGCUCCUGUUGCAGCAAAGCUCAAUGGCUGGCGGCAACCUGAUCGAUUUGCGCCCGCUGAGCAACAGCAACCCCGCCCUGUCCCAGACGACGCCUAACCCCUCAUUCCCCAACCCUCCAAGUACCCCCCAGUUCUUCCCCCCAUCAGCCCCUCUUUCCACCCACUCCUCCGCCAACUCCACCAACUCCCGCCCGCCCAGCUGCUCGGACGGCGCCUCGAACCACUCGUAUUCCACCAACGUCACGGCGCUCGCAGGAGGCUUCUACCAAGCCAGCAACCAAUGCAACCAAACCGCCGUUGCCUCCACCACGACACUCAACUCGACCUCCUCAGCGGCUAACUUGCUUCACGGGGGGAGUCUGUAUCCCCCGGGGGGUUCUGGCCCGCCGUCCAUCUCCCUGGACGCCACCCACGCCCCGCUGCCCGGAGGGGGAGGAAGGGCAACCUCAGGGGAAGACUUCGCCGUGCUGGCUGGGCAGAUGCUGAGUCAGCUGCAGUCGCUGUACUCGAGCCUGUGCGCUGAGAGGGAGCAGCUACAGCGCGCGGUGGCGUCAGCAGCCGUGGGCGGUCAUAGCGACGCCGCCGCCGCCACCAUCGCCACCCUAACGCAGCACCUCAACGCGGCCAUUCUGCAAAACACAGAGCUGCGAAACAGACUUUCCCGGAUCUACGUUGAUGCGGACAUCUCGCUGCUGCCGGCGCCCACCGCGCCGCCCCCCGACGACCGCUCCCACGCGCCCCUGGCGCCCAGUCUGAGCUACGAGUCGAGCUCCUGCUUCAGCGCCUCUGAGUACUUCGACGCCCCUGAGGGCGCUGCCAGGGGCGAGGACGGCCGUGGCAGUGAUGGCAACAUCUCUGACUCUUCCAGUGACCGCUCGUCUCCCGCGUCUGGCACCACUAGUGACGCUAGUGACGCCGCCACUGAGGCGCUCAAUGAAAUGACGCUGCCACUGAGNCCAUCUGGACGCCGGCUGUCUGGUGGCCAUCUGGACGCCCGCUGUCUGGUGGCCAUCUGGACGCCCGCUGUCUGGUGGCCAUCUGGACGCCGGCUGUCUGGUGACCAUCUGGACGCCGGCUGUCUGGUGGCCAUCUGGGCGCCAGCUCGCGUAUGCGAGGAGCUGGAGUACAGCGAGCUGCUGGACAAGGCGGCAGGUCUGAAGGACCCGGCCGAGCGCAUGGUGCAGGUCGCGGCGUUCGCUGUGAGCGCAUACGCGUCCAGCAUACACAGGGCGGCGCACAAGCCCUUCAACCCCCUGCUGGGGGAGACCUACGAGUGCAUCAGGGAAGACAAGGGCUUCAAGUUCGUCGCAGAGCAGGUGAGCCACCACCCGCCAGUGGCUGCAUGUCACGUCACGGGCUCCAACUUCACGCUCUGGCAGGACGUCAGAAUCAAGACUAAAUUCUGGGGCAAGAGCCUCGAGUUCCAACCUUCUGGUACGGUGCACCUGACGUUCCACCAGCACGCAGACGUGUACGAGUGGAACAAAGUGACGUCGUGUGUACAUAACCUGUUCGGGGGCGGCGCGCGCUGGGUCGACCAGUACGGCGAGGCGGUCAUCACCAACGCUCCUGAGCACCUCACAUGCAGACUAAACUUCCUCAAGGCGAGCUCGUGGUCGUCAAAGCGGCACGAAGUGUACGGCACCAUCGUGGACGACACGACGGGCGCCGUCCUGCACAACCUCUUCGGCAAGUGGAGCGAGUCGCUGUACUGCGGACACGCGCCCUCCGCCAGGGUCGUGUGGCGUCCUGGGUCCAUGCCUGACAACAGCCACCUCUACUACGGCUUCACCAGAGCAUCACCCACAUCCCCAUGUGGUUCAGGUGACUGCACCACCCACAUCCCCAUGUGGUUCAGGCCGGAGGAGAGCAGCGGGGAGGAGGGCAACGAGGGCAAUGCUGACGGUGCGUGGAAGUUCAACGGCGAGUACUGGAACAAGCGCGGGGACCCCGGCUUCGCGAAUAUGUCGUUCGAGUCGAUCUUCGAGUGAUCUUCGCGCCCGGAUCUUCCGGAAGAACAGUCUUCCAAGAUCCGGAAUAUACCAGGAACAAUGCUCCGCGCUUCUGGCUUUGCACGACGGAAAGUUAUCCGCGUUUCUGCUUCAGCAAGAAGGAAAGUGAUCAGAGCGUCCGGGUCUGUUAAAAAGAAAGUAAAAUCACAGUAAUUUCGCUGAAAUCUGAUUACGAAUUCUGACAAUUCCACAUUGAUAUAAAUGUUAUUUAUCUGAUUGAUGUUUUGGUAAAAAUUAGAGAAAAAAAUGUACCUGCGGCUCGAUGAGAUCAACUGUUCAUGGAAUACAUUGGCAUCCAUUCGAUGCUUGUGACAAUCGAUGUUCAUAACACUGAAACCGCACUUGGUUUGUAUAGAGGGGUGAAAUCAUCAACAUAUGUAUAUGCAUAUUAUUAAAAUUUAUAUUUUACAUUGUUACAGUGACGGUCUGAUAUCGCUCUGCGACGGAUUCAAUUCUUCGUGAUAAUUUAAUGUUUACUGAGAUGUCUCAACAGACCAAGUCUGCUUGUCGUUCCUCAGUCAGAGAAAACAGCAUCUGCUGUUCUCAAAUCCACGAAAGUAUUAAGGUACAUGCAGUUACUGCCCGUGUUGAAGUUGUUGCGUUGUUCAAUUUUAUAGUCUUUUUGAGAAAUAGUGCGCUAAGCGAGACGUUAGCUCCUCUUUUCGUUGUUUUCGUGGUCGUUGUCGUGUCGCUGUGGAAAUAAUGAACUCGUGCAUGUGUUGUUAUUAUGCCUUUAACAGGCUGCAUUGCAGUCAUGGAGGAGUUAGGGUACGCACACAGUGAAAGCAGGUUGCC